CCACUUUGACAUUAUGGGGUAUUGUGUGUAGGCCAGUGAAACACAAUCACAGUUUAAUCCAUUUUAAAUUCAGGCUGUAACACAACAACAUAUGGAAAAAGUCAAGGGGUGUGAAUACUUUCUGAAGGCAUUGUAUUUAAUAGAGUUUUUCUAUGCUCUGCGUGAAAUUAUUCUGUCACAGGUGCCCUAGCGACCAUCAUCAGGUGAGGGUGGAGGAGAGCGGCUCGUCUCUCAGGGCUCGCUUCUCUGCUCUGCUGUUCCUGUACCAGGGGGACUACCGGGAUGUCUUCCUGCACUGCAGACUCAGCCUGUGUGACCAGAGGAGCUCCUCCUGCACUCCGAACUGUGGUAGAAGAAUAUCCCGCUCUGUCUCCACCUCGGCCUCCCAAAAGCCCCUUACCAUCGGACCAAUCACCUGGACCAAAGGGCCAGAGUGAACCAAACAGCACUGCAAUGGGACAGCAGAGAGCUUCUGUAUCUUAAUGAUUAUUAGAUAAUAAAGUGAAACUUUACUAUUA